UAGAAAUGUACUUUCUUUCAGACGAAAAUUAUUUUUACCAUCUGCCGCAGCUUCUGUAAAUGUUUUUCUUUACUUAUACCAUCGGGAUGAUUUAAGGAACGGAAAACAGGGGGGCGCAGGAUUAACACCACGAAGACAAUUCUGGUUGUUUUCGAAGAACAUACCGAGGAUGCCCGGGAUACGAGACCAAGGUACUUUGGAGCUUUGAAUACGCUAAUCCGCCGGUUCCUUCCGCCGUCAGAUCCACGGUGAUUUGUUUCUUAAUAUUUCAAGAUGGAACGAAGCUCGAAGGACGGCACCAGAAACGGCGAACAAACAAAUAACGACGUUUCUUCCCUCGAUCUCUUCAUCUUCGGUUACGGCCGUAGCUGUAGCUUGGCCUCUUCAAAAACACGAUUGAAAGAAAUAUUUUUAAAUUAUUGGAUCGUCAAAAAUUACCGGCGGAACGUUAUUUCAUGUGAUGAUAUUUUUUUAGAUAAUCUUCAGGAAUCAAGUAACAACAGCAUGUUGACAACUAAUGAUCACUAAGAAUGAGAUAAUAAAAGCAUUAAGAAGAAUGUGGAAACAAACCUAGUAAAAGCAAGGCAAAAAUAAGUGAAGAACAUAUCUUCGUUUAAUAGCUGCAUUGAUAAAGUCCAGCAAAAAGUGAAUCGCGAAACUUCGUUGGAAAAGGGGUGACUUGACGGUUUUCCCCCUAGUCAAAGUCACCGUGGCCCGCUAACGUGGAAGAGAGGGUGGCGAGCACAGAAGAGGAAGACAAGAGCGGUUCCAAGAAGCGGCACGGUUUCGGUAUAAUUACCGCAACUUUGUUUACAUAUCGGCUCGUUUACUGCCGGCGUGGGUGUUGGGACAGCAUAUGUGUAAAUAGCAAUAAAACAUGUACCCAUGGGUCUCAGAUAGGUAACGCGACGCCUCCCUCGCAUUGAAAACGCGCGAACGACGUACCUCCAGGAAGCCACGAUGGGCGGAGCUGGUCCAUCCUCUGAAUCUCCGUGUCAAAUUAAACACCCUUCGUUAGAGAAUUGGUCUAACCAGCCGCAAAUCGUAGUCAGUCCUCGACGUAUACGAACUCGGAUCAGUUCGAGGCGGUUCAGUGUUUCCAAUCUUAAAAGCAUUAUACAACGUUUAACACCUAGAAGAACCAGUCGUGUCAUUUUAACACGUUGAGCAAUCAGCAAAAGUAAUUAUUUUUAUUAAGAAGUACAAUUGAGGAUAAUAUAAGAAAAUUUAGUAUUAUUUCUUUACAUAUGUAAGUUUAAGUUUAUUAAUAUUGUGGACGGAAGACGUAAAUCGGCUUCUUUUGUUUACUUUAAGUUGGACGUCUUCAGUUUGGCCAAUUUGUUUACCUUCCGAUAUUCUGCGGAAACCGAAGUUACAUACAUGCGAUUAUAUACCACCCACAAUGUGUUGCAGAAUUAACUUCAUUAAUUUUUUGAAGAUAUUGUCAUUGUACUGUUAUUGUACUACUUUCCUUCCUGGACGGUUCAAUUAUUCAUAAAUUUUCUUCUUGGUGUUGAACAAUUGAAUUAUAAUUUCUAGUGUUGGAUUACGAUAUUAGAUCAUAAAACUGAUUGUGAAGUGCUCUCUAGGUGAUUGUUCAAUCUGAAAGAAUGCAUGGUUCGACUGUAGAGGUACUCGAAGAUUUUCUUGGAUCUUGUUGGUCCUUGAAGACGAAAGAAGUGGACACAGGGAACAAAGUGCUUGCGAUUUAGACUAUUUACUUGUGAAAUUGUAUCUGUGAGGAUCACAGUCUUGAAACGACUUUUGAAAAUUUGGACAAUGGCACUGGUAAUGACGAUGAGAACGAAGAUCGACGAGGAUAACGCGUAAGAACAUGAAGAGAGGAAAGAGAUAGUGAAAUUGUAUGAAACUACAAAGAUUUCAAUUUUAUAAUAGGCUUCUAAAAAAAAUCCAAUACUCCAAAUAAUAAAGAAUUCAGUUUCGAUCCUAAAAAUCCAAAUAAUAAUAAAAAUUCUAAUUUCGGUCCCUCAUAACUUGAAGAAAUAUCGAUAACAAUAUUUAGAAAGUGCACCAACAUCAAAUGUUUUGAUCAUUUUAUCUUCUAAUGGAACCAAACAGCUACCAAAACCACCCCUGCUCCUUGUCGAAGAUCUACAACUGCGAUUUACGCAGAAGUUACGAAUUUUGGAGCACAGAAGAAACAUUUCCAACAAUGUGUCCUCUACCAAACUGCUAUAACUUAGUCCCGGAUGUGUUGACCACGAGGAGUGUGCCUCUUUCGUGGGACCUUCCUCUGCUAAGAUACAAACCACAGCCACGCUAUGAGAAACCACCAUACUCAUAUAUCGCUUUAAUAGCCAUGGCAAUCAAUUCUUCGCCUAAACAGAGACUCACCCUUUCAGGGAUCUACAGAUUCAUUAUGGAUAGGUUUCCUUAUUACAGAGAAAACCGUCAAGGGUGGCAAAACAGUAUAAGGCAUAAUCUGAGUUUAAACGAUUGCUUUGUGAAGAUACCAAGGGAUAAAGUGAUCGGAAACGAUAAUGGGGAAGAUCAAGCUGGAAAAGGAAGCUACUGGACUUUAGAUCCUUCUGCAAGCGAGAUGUUCGAGCAUGGUAAUUAUAGAAGAAGAAGGAUGAGGAGGCAACGAGGAUCGACACAGGAUAAACAGGAGCAACAUCACACGGUGGUCUCGGUUUCGCCGGAAAUCAUAUCCAAUUUGACACGCAAGGAAAAAGAUGAACACAGAUGCGAAACAAUUGAGAAAAAUGCUAAACAGGCUCAAGGACAUUGUGUAAAGUCGAUGAUGUUUACGAUCGAGAAUAUCUUGCGAAAAUCCACGAACGAAUCUCCUAUUUAAAUGUGU